AUGGCACUGUUUGUGUGUCACUGCACGGGUCCCCAGAUGGAGGAGAGUGAGGAGGCGAUGGAGGAGGAGGGGACGGAGGAGGAGAGCGGGGCAGCGAUGGAGGGCAACGAGGAGGCCACGAGGGCACUGCUGCGAGUCAAGCAAAAGCUCGACGGCUUUGAGGACGGCGAGAUGCGCAGCCUGGCUGGGCAGGUGCAGCAGCUGAUCAAGGACGCACAGGACCCCGACCGCCUUGCCGUCAUGUUUCCAGGAUGGGGAGCUUGGCUGUAG